AUGGGGUCCAGGAGACAAGACUACGACUACCUGAUCAAACUGUUGCUUAUAGGGGACAGCGGCGUGGGCAAGAGCUGCCUGUUGCUGCGCUUCGCCGAGGACAGCUUCACCUCGAGCUUCAUCACCACCAUCGGCAUCGACUUCAAGAUAAAGAAGGUGCUGAUCGAUGGCAAGUGGGUCAAGCUGCAGAUAUGGGACACGGCGGGGCAGGAGCGCUUCCGCACAAUCACCAGCGCCUACUACCGCGGAGCCAUGGGCAUCCUGCUGGUGUAUGACGUCACCGACGAGGCCUCCUUCACCAACAUCCGCAACUGGAUGAAGAACAUCGAGCAGCACGCCUCGGACAACGUGCUGGUGGGCAACAAGAGCGACAUGGACGAGAGCAAGCGCGCGGUGGCGUACAGCCGGGGCCAGGCGCUGGCCGACGAGUUCCGCAUGCAGUUCUUCGAGACCAGCGCCAAGAACAACACCAACGUGGACGAGGUGUUCCAGUCGGUGGCGCGGGACAUCAUGCUGCGGCUCAAGGACACGCAGCCAGAUGCAGGCAGCGGCGCAGGCAGCGGUCCCAGCCUGCGGGUGGGCGCCGGGCAGCGCAAGGCAGUAGCCAGCAGCAAGGGCGGCUGCUGUUGAGCGUGGAGUAGGGAUCAGUGUGAGCCUCGGCUUGCCGACCCCCACGGAUGUCUCGCCUCGCAGAGCUGCUGUUCCUUCUUUUUCUGUGUCACCCGCUACUCGUUUCGGGGUGCCUGUAAUCUCUUGUGCCUCCUGCUUGCUCUCCUUGAUUCUUUCUGGGCUCUUGUGCCUACGGCAGCCUGGCACUGUUCUCCUCAGCUCUUCCGAAUGUAACCACGACGCUAC